GAAUGCUGGUUGCUGAGAAAGGGUUCCAGUGUGGACAGUGAUGAGAUGGAGAAUGAGGAGGAGCUCUAUGCAGCAGGAAACAUGGUCAAAUGUGUGCUAGCAGCCAUUUGACGUGUUCAUGGUGUGUUGAAUUUUGUGAUGUACUACCUUGUGAUGACGUCUUGAAUUGUGAUGUACUGUGAACAUUGGUUAGAUAAAUCCUUAUUUGUACAUUUUGUCAUAUGUCUCCCAGUCCUGGCCAUCUAAGGAGAACCAGCAGAUAUGGACAGUAAUUAUGGUGGUUUUACACAGUUAUUGAUAUUCCCCAGGACCAGUCCAUUGUCUUCUUAACCAAUGGUAAUGAGUGAUUUGGCUCACUGACAGCUGACGAGAGGCUUCAGAUUACAAUGAAAAACAGCAUCAUGCAGUUAACGGCCUUGGCAUGUAUGUGUCAUUAUUUUUCACGUGAUUGAAUUUGUUUUUUUUUCCUGGUGAGUUGCGGGAAACACUGAGUAGGCCUAGGCCUAUGUCGUAACAUGCAGGGGAAAUGAUUAUGCUUUCUUGGGGGCGAAUUUAGCUCUUGUUAAUUGGGUCCACAUUUACAGACCAGAUUUACGUUGGUGGAUACAUUUUGUAAAUUUUUUUAACCAGUUGUAGUUGAUAAGGCAAGACUCAUGAGCCACUGUAAGACUCCACCAUUAUUCUACUGUUAGACUGUUGUCUCAAUCAUGUAAAUAGGGACAUGUCUUGAUUCCCAACCAGAGAUUCUAUGAGAAUGCAGACUGUCUGUUCUUUAGUGAGCCAUUCAAAUGUUGACUAGAGUCAUGAUUCACAAGAUAAUUAAACUUUUCUCCAACAUCACCUUGAAUAGGAUUUCAUGAAAUUAAGUCCUGUGACUUUUACAAGUCUCUAAUCUGUGGCCCACUAAAUUUGGUCUGCUUUUGGAACGCAAAAACCCUGCAUCCGAUGCUCCUCCGAGUACUCCCAGGUACACGCAGUACACAGUAAAAACCCAUAAUACCCACUCCCAGCAUUUUCUGAUCCGUUUUGGUCGAUGCUAGUGUGUCAGGAGUGUUUUGAACAUGCCACUGUUUGUGUCUCUGUGUUCUCAGGGAACCUCUUCCUACAGUGUUCCGUAUGCUGCACCCUCUGGAUGAGACCAGUGGCAUGCAGGUCUACAGGUGAGACUCUCAACAGAAACACACACACAUAGAAAUAGUCUAACACAAAUCUUAAAACAAAUUGUAACAGAGAAUGGCGGAAAGCACCAUAUAAAUAAACUAUAAUGGAUGUUGAAACCUGAAUGUUGGAGCCAGCAUACUGUUGGCCCUCUUGCACUCCUUGACUGCUCUGAUAGCUGGCUGCCGGUACCUUAAUUGCUGGCCCUAUUAUGGCUUGUUAAUUGCUCAUCUCCUGUGUCUCUGGCAGGUCUGUUCGAGGCUGCCCGUAUGCAGUACGUCUCUGACAGCACCAUGAAAAUCGUCUUCUCCAACUGCAAGCCCUCCAUAGUCAUGUCAUAGGACACCGUGCAGGGCAUACACUCAGUCACUCCAGAUGUAAGAUAACAUGCAAGAACAGCCCCUUGUGUUAAUAAUGUUGCAUUACUGCUUCCUUCAUGAUUUUUCAGUGGUAAAAAAUAGAAAGUUCAUGGCAUAAAUGGAAUUGAAGAAUAGAAUUCUCAUCAUGGCAUGAAUGGUGACUCAAAGGCCUAUCUACGAUCCCUUAGAGUGGAUUUAAAUUGGUCUGACUGGGGCCAGGGAUAGUUCACCCAAAUUACAAAACGAAACAUUGGUUUUCUUACCCUGUAAGCAGUCAAUGAACAAGGUAUCACAGCAAUCCAUGCUUUGGUUUUAUUUCCCUGUUUUCAAAUGCUAACAUUUUAGAAUUUGUGGCACAAAUCCCAUUCAAGUCAUGGUACCGAGAUUGGCAUUAUUCGCGUAUCGUCCAAAUCAUCCGAAAGUAUCUCAAAUUGAUUGUGACACUCAACAAAGUCCCUUGAAGAUGAUUUGAACAUCAUGUGCGAUGAUUAUGAUUAAUAUCGGUACCAUGACUUGAAUGGGAUUCCAUGGGAUGAUGCAUUCUCAGGAUGGGUGAGCCUAGUAUGUUGAUAUUUGUUGCUUACUGCAUUUGUUUUUACUAAACAGUACGUUCUAAAUAUUAUGUAGUACGAUUAGUACACAGUACAGUGCCCUCCACUAAUAUUGGCACCCUUGGUAAAUCUGAGCAAAACGGGCUGUGAAGAAAAGUCUUUAUUGUUUGUCCUCUUGGUCUUUCAUUCAAAAUAUUCACAAAAAUCUAACCUUUAAAUAAAGUAAAAUAAUUGAAAGAAAAAAUUAAUUAUUAUCAUAAAACAAAUAUUUUUCUCAAAUAUGUGUGCCACAAUUAUUGGCACCCCUUCAUUCAAUACUUGGUGCAACCUCCCUUUUCCAAGAUAACAGCUCUGAGUCUUCUCCUAUAAUGCGUGAUGAGGUUGGAGAACACAUGGCAAGGGAUCUGAGACCAUUCCUCCAUAUAGAAUCUCUCCAGAUCCUUCAGAUUCCGAGGUCCACGCUGAUGGACUCUCCUGUUCAGCUCAUCCCACAGGUUUUCUAUGGGGUUUAGGUCAGGGGACUGGGAUGGCCAUGGCAAAACCUGGAUUCUGUGGUCAAUGAGCCAUUUUUGUGUUGAUUUUGAGGUGUGCUUUGGAUCAUUGUCCUGCUGGAAGAUCCAACCACGGCCCAGUUUAAGCUUCCUAGCAGAGGCAGUCAGCUUUUGAUUUAAUAUCUGUUGGUACUUGAUUUAGUCCAUGAGACCAUGUAUCCUAACAAGUUGUCCAGAGCCUUUGGAAGAAAAACAGCCCCACAACAUCAAAGAUCCACCACCAUACUUCACAGUGGGGAUGAGGUACUUUUCAGCAUGUCUGUCUUUCUGUCUUCGCCAAACCGUUUCCAAAAAGCUCUAUUUUGGUCUCAUCUGACCAUAGAACCCAGUCCCAUUGAAAGUUCCAGUAACGUUUGGCAAACUAGGCGCUUGAGUUUGUUGUUUGAUGACAGCAACGUUUUUUUUAUGGCAACCCUCCCAAACAACUUGUGGUUAUGUAGGUGGUGUCUGAUUGUAGUUUUGGAGACUUUCUGACCCCAAGACCCAACUAACGUCUGCAAUUCUCCAGCUGUGAUCCUUGGAGAUUUUUUGGCCACUCGAACCAUCCUCGUCACUGUGCGUGGGGUCAAUAUAGACACACGUCCUCUUCCAGGCCGAUUGUUAACAUCUCCAGUUGCUUUAAACUUUUUAAUUAUUGCCCUGAUAGUGGAAAUUGGCAUUUUCAACCGUUGAGCUAUUUUCUUAUAGCCAUGUCCUGAUUUGUGCAGCUCAACAACCUUUUGUCGCACAUCAUUACUGUAUUCUCGGGUCUUUCCCAUGGUGAUGGAUGACUAUGGGAACUUGGCCUGUGUCACCUCAUAUUUAUACCCCAGUGAAACAGAAAGUCAUGGCUUACCAUGUAAGUGUUCCUAAUCACUUAGGUGAAGUUAAAAACGUAAAAUAUGAAUGGGAAUAUACUUCAGUUAGAUUUUACUCAUAAGAAUUUCUAGGGGUGCCAAUAAUUGUGGCACAUGUUUCAGAGAAAAAUAUUUUUUUCAAUAAUUUUACUUCAAUUAAAGGUUUGAUUUGUAUAAAUAUUUUGAAUGAAAGACCAAGAGGAUAAACCGCAAGAUAAUUUUUUCACAGCCUGUUUUGCUCAUAAAAUAUUUACCAAGGGUGCCAAUAUUAGUGGAGGGCACUGUAUGUAGUUUUAGUAAGUAGGAAAACUAACUGGGCCUCCAGUAGCUCAGUUGGUAGAGCAUGGCGCUUGCAACGCCAGGGUUGUGGGUUCGAUUCCCACGGGGAGCCAGUAUGAAAAAUGUAUGCACUCUCUAAAACUGUAAGUCGCUCUGGAUAAGAGCGUCUGCUAAAUGACUAAAGUGUAAAAAAUGUAGUAGGUAAGACACUACCCAUGUAACAAAUAAUCGAACCCUCAUCCAAACUAUAGCAAAUGGACCUUGCCCCUUUUUGUUUGAGCACCAUUGGUCCACAUUGGACUGAUCUAAAUUGCUAGUUGGGUCAUGGGGUAGGGGCUUUCCGAUGAGUUGGGACCUAUUUUUCUAUAAUGUCGCCCGAAAAUGAUACACCCUACUGGUAUGGAACGGUACUGACGCUCUCCUCUGAGUUCAUUUCUUAUAUUAACUUAUCUGACCCCAAUCUAAAAUUCAUAGCAGAGAGAAGUUGAGAAAAAAUAGACUUCUUGGCUCUUACAGUCAACAAAAAUAAAGAAAACAAGUUGGAGUCUAUCCUCCGCAAGCCGCAGAGUAGGAAUACACUUUUACGUGCAGACCAUAAUCACCCGCUACACCUUAAGCAGAGCAUAUCGGUGGGUCAAUUCAUAAGACUGUGAUGUAACUGUUCAUCACAAAGCUAAUGAUAUGCGCACCAGGUUCCUGCAAUGCGGGUAUGAUAAUAGUGCCAUUGAACAGGCCUAUACCCAUGCUAGAGAGACUGAACGUCAAAGCCUACUCACUGGCACUAAUAGAAACCAGGACAAAACGCCCCCACAUUUGUGUUUUUCCACAGAGUACAGCCCAUGUGCUGGUCGCGUCAAAUCCAUUGUAUUUAAACACUGGGGCAUCUUCAAAAGUGAUCCAAAUCUACGAGAGUUCACAACAUUUCCCCCUCGCAUUUGUCUUAGCCGAUUACGUUACGCACAGCAUGCAGCUACCCAAGAAGCGUGACACUUGGCCCCAGGCCCGCCCAAUGGCAAUUACAAGUGUGGCCACUGUGUACAUUGUGACAACAUGACCAAUACUACAGUUUUUUGCCACCUGAGAACAGGUACAUUAUACAAAAUCGAAAGCUUCAUUAAUUGUAGCACCACAGGAGACUGAAAAGAUUUGGCAUGGGUCCUCAGAUCCUCAAAAAGUUAUACAGCUGCACCAUCGAGAGCAUCCUGACUGGUUGCAUCACCGCCUGGUAUGGUAACUGCUCGACCUCCGACCGCGAGGCACUACAGAGGGUAGUGCGUACGGCCCAGUACAUCACUGGGGCCAAGCUUCCUGCCAUCCAGGACCUCUAUAUCAGGCGGUGUCAGAGGAAGGCCCUCAAAAUUGUCAAAGACUCCAGCCACCCUAGUCAUAGACUGUUCUCUCUGCUACCGCACGGCAAGCGGUACCGGAGUGCCAAGUCUAGGUCCAAAAGACUUCUCAACAGCUUCUACCCCCAAGCCAUAAGACUCCUGAACAGCUAAUCAUGGCUACCCGGACUAUUUGCACUGCCCCCCCCCCCACCCCCACCCCAUCUUUUUACGCUGCUGCUACUCUGUUAAUUAUUUAUGCAUAGUCACUUUAACUCUACCCACAUGUACAUAUUACCUCAAUUACCUCAACUAGCCGGUGCCCCCGCACAUUGACUCUGCACCGGUACCCUCCUGUAUAUAGCCUCCCUACUGUUAUUUUAUUUUAUUUCUGCUCUUUUUUUCUCAACACUUUUUUGUUGUUUUAUUUUACUUUUUUACUUAAAAAAUAAAUGCAUUGUUGGUUAAGGGAUGUAAGUAAGCAUUUCACUGUAAUGUCUACACCUGUUGUAUUCGGCGCAUGUGGCCAAUAAAAUUUGAUUUGACAAAUGUCAUAUACAUGCUCAAAUGCAUCUGUGGGCUGCUUAUAUUGGUCAAACUAAGCAACUAAGCACUAAGCAUUGAAACUGCAUCGCAGAACAUAAGGUUGCUAUUUGUAAUAAUGCUAUGCUAUUGUGCGCCAUUGUAUAGAAGCCAGCCAUGGCGCACCUUCCUCCAUGUGCUUUGUAGCCAUAGAACACAUCCAAAUUUCACCAAGAGGAGGUGACAUCGUACGUAAACUAAAACAAUGAGAGGCAUUCUGGCAGUACUCCUUAGACACUGGAUCCUAAGGGGCUAAACAAUGAUUUUUCACUGUCCUUGUUUAUAUAAUGUUGUUGCCUUGAUUUUUUGGGUGGUCUCAGUGUCUCCAGAUUCACAGACACCCAAAUAUCACCUAUGUAUAUUUUGACACCCAGCUUUCUGACCACACACCUGAAGAACGUCUCCAGGAUGGACGCGCUCGGCUUGCCCUUCCAUUGUCACGCCCUGCAUAACCAAAACAGGAUGACCUCAUCACCAGGCCUCCACUCAUGGACACACUCACCCAGCAUAUCCAGCAUGGCUGCUCGCAGGUGAGUUUAUAGCAGGAGUCUUCAGUUCUGGUUCUGGAGCGCUACAGAGUGCAGGCUUUGAGUCAAAUGCCGAAAUAGGAUAUGAAUAUGAUAUAAAUAGGAUAUCUGCUGUCCCACAGGAUUAUACACAGUUUGAGUCAAACAGUUUGUCUCAUUUACAACAACCACAUUAUGGACCAUAACUAACCACCCUUCUGCUGUCUUCUGACCCAUGUCUGUAGCCGGUCCCACUCCCCUAGCAUGGCGGCACCCUCCUUCUCGGGCACGGUGCAGUUUAAAAUGUCGUACCACUCAUGUCCCCCAGAGGGCACAGCUUCCUGCCCUCUCCCAACAGCACGACCAACGAGUCUGUGCUGGUCCCAGAGAUUAAGCCCAUGGUGCCUGAUCUAUGCAUUGAGCAGCUGUGGAGUGAGACGGCCUCCUCCAACAGGUCAGUGUAUGACAUUCACCUCUGCACAGCUGGCUACAGUGGUUGUCAUGGAUUCUGCUCUGUGGUCUAGUUGGCUGAACCACUCAGUUACAUGUUACUGUAGGCAGGUUUCCAUUGACCCAGGUUUAUUAGACAAAAGCAAUGUCGCAUUUAUUUAUUUAUUGCGACAUGUUUAAUGGAAACGGCAGAUAUAGGCAAUAUUUUCUGAAGAUCGACAAUUGUUAUGGAUUUUUCUUUUGCGACAAAUCAUGAUGGAAACUGUGUUUUUCGAUUAAAUGAUGAUUGACGAAUAAUGUUGAAGGUACGCGAGCACGUGAUGUCAUGGCCCCAGUUGCAUUUGCAAAUAAAUUAUAUUUCUGUACGUUUUCUUGGGGGUGGGUUGGGUGUGAUGUCACUAUGUUCAGCUGUUUUUAUCGACACAAGAUAGUUAAAUGGAAACGCACCGCAGUAGGCAAUUGUCCCAUUCUGUUCCCCCUCUGCUUAUCUUUGCAUCUGUUUUCACGAUCCCUGCUAAAGACACACCAUUUAAAGCCAACCAGACUAAUUGCUUUAGUGAUUACGUAAAAAUAGAUGUAUCAUUUGAAAGUAUCACGCACGCUGAAUCAAUAAAAAAACACCAACGUACAUUUCUCACAUAUCCAUGUAAUCCAAAAUUCACAGAAGAGAAGCUGUGAAUGAUGUUGUUACAUUGACACAGAUUACGUUCUCAAAUACACUUCCAUACUGAUCAAUGAGAUAGGCGUCAGUGUAUAUUUUUGUACAUUAACUAGAUUCUACUACUUCUCUCUGGACCUAAUUGAGGAUUUUCUAUAUAUUUUUUUAUUUUUGGUACUUUUUACCCCUUUUUUCUCCCUAAUUUUGUGAUAUCCAAUUUGUAGUUUCAGUCUUGUCCCAUCGCUGAAACUCCCGUACGGACUCGGGAGAGGCGAAGGUCGAGAGCAUGCGUCCUUCGAAACACGACCCUGCCAAGCCACACUGCUUCUUGACGCACUGCUUCAUCCCAAAUCAGUUAUUUUAUUCUCAGGAUAUAGAUGCCUUGCUAGUUCUGAAAGCCAAUGGAAGCUUGGUUCUAUACACUGGAGUGACACGGGUAACAAGAAAGGAGUGUUCACACUGUUUUUAAAUAUAUAUGUGUUUAUCGGUGAUGCAAGGUCAAAUGGUCAAAUCUAUUUCUGUCCAAAGGUGAGCAAGGUGUUUGUCCCUGGCCUCCUGUCUCCGACCUUCAGCCUGUCUCCGACCUUCAGCCUGUCCAACCACGUAACCCACCUGGGCACUCCCAUGGAGAGUGUGAGCACUCCCGCCAAGGCCACAGGGAGACACAUGAGAAGAAUAGAGGAGGUACCACUGAGAUGGGACGGAGGUGUAUAGGGUUGGUUAUUAGAACGAUAAGCGUAAUUACAUUUUACAUUUUUACAUUUUAGUCAUUUAGCAGACGCUCUUAUCCAGAGCGACUUACAGGAGCAAUUAGGGUUAAGUGCCUUGCUUAAGGGCACAUCGACAAAUUUUUCACCUAGUCGGCUCGGGGAUUAGAACCAGCGACCUUUCGGUUACUGGCACAACGCUCUUACCCACUAAGCUACCUGCCGCCCCAGAAAUCUGAAAUGAAUGCAUCCAAAUAAUUAUGCUGCCCUCAUAGAAAUUAAGUCAGAUUUCUAUGAGCGAGUAUUACCACCAAACUGACAGCAGGCAGUAACUGUUAAAGGGAUAGACCUAUUUACCCAGUCAGAUGAACUCAUGGAUACCAUUUAAAUAUCUCUGCGUGCAGUUUGAAGGAAGUUGAAGAUAAUUUCUGGAGCCAUUGUUAACUAGCGUUAGCGCAAUGACUGCUCUGAGUUCAUCUGACUCUGGAUAAGUAGAAAAUAAUAGCUUAAUUGCCAACAUGUCGAACUAUCCCUUUAAUGCAAAUGUUGUAAUUUCAAUCUGAAUUACAGUGAAGAACCCCUCCAUUUAAGCUGCAGUAUUAGUAUUAGUCUGCAUUAGAGAAGCCAAUGACUGAUGGAGACUAUUUAUAGUCCUGAUCAAUACUCUAAUUAUAUUUAAAGUCCAGACUGUGUUACAUGUCUGUUUUUAAGGAUAUAGAUUGGUACAAAUGAAUAAACUAACAGUAGGUUAAUAAAUUAAAUACACUGAGUGGACAAAAUAUUAGGAACACCAUCCUAAUAUUGAGUUGCACCCCCUUUUGCCCUCAGAACAGCCUCAAUUAGUCGGGACAUGAACUCUACAAGGUAUUGAAAGUGUUCCACAGUUGUGUCAAGGUGUCUGGAUGUCCUUUGGGUGGUGGACCAUUCUUGAUACACACGGGAAACUUGAGCGUGAAAAACCCAUCAGCAUUGCAGUUUUUGACACAGACCAGUGCGCCUGGCACCUACUAUCAUACCCCAUUCAAAGGCACUUCAAUAUUUUGUCUUGCCCAUUCACCCUCUUAAUGGCACACAUAUACAAUCCAUGUCUCAAUUGUCCCGAGGCCUACAAAUCCUUCUUUAACUUGUCUCCUCCCCUUCAUCUACACUGAUUUGAAGUGGAUUUAACUAGUGACAUCAAUAAGGGAUCAUAGCUUUCACCUGGUUAGUCUGUGUCAUGGAAAGAGCAGGUGUUCCUAAUGUUUUGUACAAUCUGUAUCUGUUUCAUUCAUUAUGUAAUUGCUGUAGAAUGUAGAGCUGAAAUGGAUUAGUUCCCCCCAACUUGGCACUAAUCAUCUUGAUUGUGUACAUACAUCCUGGGUAGGUGUGUCGCCCUGGUGUGUGUGUGUAUUGAUAGGAGUGAAAGUGGGAGGGUAUAAUGAGUGUGUGUGUGUCUGGCUGGUUGGGGCGUGAGUACUUGGACCUCAAGGGUUGAAUGUUUCUUGAAUGGAUGCAAAUUAAUCCUUUUUAUGAAUUAGAGAGAGAAAAGCUCAGCCUGUGUAUAGAACAGAACAGAACAGAACUGAGCAACAGAGGCCUGUCGGUAUGUUUACUGGGUCCAAUAAGGUUACAGCUCUCUGGGUCGACAUUUCUACCUGCAAGGGGUAGUUUUGUCAAGACCGGUAAAGACGUGCCGUUCAGCCAAAGGAUUUUCUCUCCCAGACCUGUCAGUCAUUUCCAUGCCCUUCUGAGCGAACCUCUUUUGACAGAUGUUUUUGAAAAUAUUUGUAAAUGUCAAAGUCCAACUAAAUAGGUUAUACUGAUUUAGAUUUCUAUCCCUUGAUAUCUUAAUGUAUGUCAAAUUAUUAAGCAAUAUGUAACUUUCAGGAGCGUUGAAUGACAUGUAGGAUGAUCCAUAUCUCUGAUGUAUUUUAUUUGUAGGAGCUAAGCAACGGCACAAUGCUGAGUAGAACUAUCCCUGACAUUUCUACCUCGGAGCUCAGUAAGGUUAACACGACAAUGUGCAAAACCAUUGUGUGUGACGAGAUUGUACGUUGGAUUCGAUGUCACACAGCUGAGUCAUCCAGUGUUGAUGGCCUGAAAAUUCGGUUUAAGUGCUGCCAACCUCCCGCUGUCACAUUGACAUAAACCUAAGGGGAUCCCACCGUUCCUCGCUCAUACCUACACACCCACCUUUCCCCUGAACACACUCAGAACCCCUCAUUUUUGUAAUCCACUCUGUUAUUUAGCCCCCCCCCCCCCCUCCCCAAAUGUCUAUUGACAUUUCCUAACCUACCCACUCUCAUAUCUCCUGGCUCACCACAUGACACACAAAGCAUCCACACACAAAGCAUGCACACACACACACUCUACUCUCUCUGGAUAAGCCAUUAUGAGGACGUCAACACAGCAGCUACUCCACGCCAGGCAGUUCUAGGUGCUGUUUGUUAUUGUGGCAUUUCCGUGCCUUAAUUCAGCCCAAAACCUCUGAUUGGGCCCUGGAGCGUGGUUAUCCAGCUCGGUUGGGGGGACAGGGGAUGCCCUGGAACAUGAUGUUCAUGAGGGUGGAAAGGAGGCACUGGGGAAUAGAUGAUGGAGAGAUGAUUCUGCUGUGUUUAAUAAUGACUGUAGUGUUGGUAUAUAAUGGAAGUCUGUGUUCAGGUACAUUAUUGCUAGAACAUAAGACCAUUUCUGUCAGUAGGUGGUAUAUUAACCUUGGUUCCUUCCUGGCUGACGUCUUUACUCCAUCUAGUAAUGCCGUUAAAUACACCCUUUUGUCACCCUUUUAGUGUAUCUGAAGAUGGGGCACUUUUUUUUGGUAAUUAACUUUGUGUCUAUGGCGACCUAUACUGAAACCAUGCAUGGUUCACACAGUUUUCCGCUGGUGACUUCUGAGCAUCUGCUGAUGCAGCGUUAUCCACCAGAACAUGCAUGUACUGUAUAACAUGCUAUGGGUCGUCUUUCUACCCAGCUGUAGUCAAGCAUAAUAGCGUAUCAUUCUACACUGUAAUUGAGGAAAUGGAGCACUCGUGGUGUACUGGUAUUUGCCUUACAACCCUAAUUGGCUUGUUGUGCGUUUUUUAAGGUCUUUGGCUUUGUUUAGACCGUGAACCUCCUAGUCUUUGAUCCCCUGAUCUUUUGUGUUGUGAAACCAUUACCAAUUACCACAUAGUGUUGUUCAUUAGUGCCUAAUUGAUCCCAAAGCCGGGACUUCUCAGUCUAAUUAAGUGGCAUUUCUCCUUCUCUGCCUUGACCUUUUGGAGUUUGUUGUCCAAUUAGAGAUUGUGGGUGGAGUUAAUUACCUGUCUGAUUGGGUGGACCUGGGAGACAUCACGGACCCUGAUCAUUGUGGGGUCUGGAGCCCUUGAAUCCUAUAUGUGUAAAUUCUGUAAGAAGUUGGCCCGAAUCCUAACUUGAGAUUCUCAUGCUUAACUGUGCAGACUUUUGUGUAAUUUGAUGCCAAUGGAAUUUCAAUUACGCACAAUAAAUAUAGAUAUAUUAUUUUAACCACUCCACUGUUAAAAGAACCAACCAAAAUAACACAAUUAUACAAAUGUACAUUUGCUGUGUGAUAACCCAAUUGAUGUCAUUGUGCACCGUCUUCCAUAUGCUUCCUCAUCCCCCUGGUGUUCUUAGUGACAAAGUGCCUCUGGUGUGCUUCAUCCUGCCCAAGGACACGGCCAUGAAGGUGCUGGUGAAGUGGUACAACAUCUACAACGCCCCCGGGGGCCCCAGCGCACAGCUGGAGUGGAACCUUUUUGUCACCUGCUUCAUGACUCUCAUGGGCUACAACACGGAGUGGCUGGGCUGA